AUGAAGAAGGUCUUUUCUGAAAAGCUUUCGCCGUCAUCGCCAACGCUCUCAUCAGCGGUGAAUUUUCUAGCACCUCCAAGGAACAUAUUCUCUGAUAGUUCUAGUACGAUUGGUAGUGACAAGGGUUCUGGUAAAUCGAGAUCCAGAUCUUCCUCAUUUGGACGCAUCUUCAGUAAUUCAAGUGAUAAUGGGAGUAAAGAGAAGGCUGCAGCUUCAUUGCCCAAGGAACAGACAGUGAACACACUUUCUCCCGAAUUGGUACCUAUCGUGACUUUGUUAUCAGCACAAAGUCAUAGAAGGUACCAAGAAGGAGUUUUCCUGAUCUUGAAAGACUUGAAGAGUGAUGGUUCUCCUGCUGAUAGAGUUUGGAAAGAGGUUUUCGGUUUGCUAAUAGGGACACAGUUAGCACUGUGGGAUGCAACUGAGUUGGCGAAAAAUGGGAAUGAUGCUGAAAAACUGAUGAACGCGACGUUGAAACCAACGUAUGUCAAUUUCACAGAUGCACAGUUAAGGGUACUUGAUCCCUCUGACACAAGCUUGCAAGGGCCAAAUUCAUCUAAGAAAAACGUUGACAACACUAUUGUUGUAUCAACGACUCUAAAAAACAGGUACUUCUUGCAGUUCUCCGACAGAGAAUCAUUCCAAAAGUGGGUCUCAGCGUUCAGGCUUUCUGCAUUUGAAUUUACACUUUUACAAGAGGCUUAUACUGGUGCAUUUUUAUCGACUAGAGGUGCCAAGUUGAGUGACAUUCGUGUUAUUUUAGCUGACACUAAGUUCGAUUAUGAGGACUGGGUCAGCGUUAGAUUUGGUGCAGGUAUGCCAUGGAAACGUUGUUAUGCAGUUAUCUCACAACCUACCAAGAAGAAUAAAGAGGGAAAGAAAAAAUAUGUUGGGGAAAUUAAUUUCUAUGAAAAUGAGAAAAAAACAAAGAAAACUAAAGCCAUGGCUACCGUCACCAACGCAUAUGCAGUUUAUGCCAUUUAUCCUCAGUCUCCUGUUCUAAUUGAUACAUCAACUAUGAUCAAAUUAGAAGGCCUGAUCUCGUUUGGUAAGAAAGAUACUCCCAAAGACACUGAUAUUUUCGUCAUGCCCGAAAAGCAUUAUGCUGUUCCAGGUUACGAUACUAUUAUUCGUUUCUUAAUCCCAACGAUGAAUGCUUUCAAUUUGUACGGUAGACCUAAGAGACUAAUUGCAAAUAAAGACGAUCCAUCUUCUUUACUAUUCGCGUUACCUACAUUACCCCAUAUUCAUUAUUUACAGGUUGAUGAUGUAUUAUCUUUGACUAAACGGUCGGGCAGUAGUCAAUGGAAUAUCCAGGAUUGGCGUCAACAGAUGAAAGAGUUAUUAUCUAAAAAACAAUCUAGUGGUUAUACUGGAUGCGGAUCAUCAACUGGCCUAAUGGGAGCCUUGUCUUCUCCAGCUAUUGGUGCUGGAGAGUUGUUCGAUCAUACACCUAACUCCCCUAGCUUCCUUUCUGCUCAACGGUUCGUCAGCACCCCUAUUGAUACUAAAUUUGAGCCUCAAAACACAUCUCCAUUGAGAAAUGAUGCAGCUAAAGACACUGUUAUCUCUGCACCAAAGCUUUCAUUAAACGAUUCAGCUGUCCCAAUGAUUAAUCCUGACUCUUCUGAAGAGGCGAUGCACAAUUCCCUGUCAGCAAUGGACAACACCAGGUCAUUUUCAAUUCCAAUACAACAAAACCCUACCUUCGAAGAUCAAAUUCAGUCAAGGUCUGUUGAAGGUAAAGAAGCCAAGAGAGUUGUAUCAUCUAUCGAUAUCCAGGACUCUAACUAUGACAGGUUCAUUCAACCUAAACCAAUAGUUUCUUCUUCCAAGCCACGGAACAAUCAAGUCCCUGACAAUCGUUCGAGACUUUCGGACUUGAGCCAGAUUUACGAUAAUUAUGGUUCAAACAGCAAUGGUCCUUAUUCCCAAGGUGGAAAUGAUUUCGAUAGGUCCUUUGAUUCUCAGAACUCUUUGAUUAAGGAUGCAUCCAGUGCUUACAAUGAAUACACAGGUUCACCUACCAUAAAGAAGUUUGAUAUUUCUAACGUCAAUGCCACUGGUAGCGAUGAUGUACUCGAGGAUUUCUAUCAACUGAGUAAACAAAUUUCUUCGUUAAGUGUUGUAGACAAGCCUCGUACAGCCAAUGAAAAAAGUGAUGAUUUUGACUUUGCCAAUGCUGACACUGGAUAUGAAGCUCCAUCGGACAAUGUCUUUGACCCUGAUUAUAUGGAAGAAAAUGAUAUGCUUGAUAUGGAAUCUAAAUUUACUCAAGAAGAUUAUAAAAAUGUUUCGACAGAUAGUUUGAACUCUGAUAAGUAUUAUGAAGCAAAUGAUAACAUCCAAAACAGAGGAGCACAGAAUAGAGAAUUCUCUCCUAACCCGUACCUUGACAGCCAUUCAUAUCAAAACUCGAGAAAGCCGCCAGUUCACAUACCAAGAUCAAAACCUGUUCCGCUACAGCCUCAAUUACAUCCUCAACAAGGUCCUCCCUACAGCAUGCCAAGAAAUCCCACUGCAGCAGUUAGGACUCAAAAUCCCUAUGUACAACAAUCCAACGCACCUCCAGCGGGGUACGUAAACGGUCAUCAAGGUAAUGCUGCUCCUCAAAGAAUUCCACCAAAGGGAUUAGGAUACUCAAGGGCGCCUAACGCACCACAGCAGCUACCUUCAAAGGGAUAUGAAAAGCGUCCUCCGCAACUGCAGCAGAUCUCUCCUCAACAGUACAGACAUCAAAAUCAGGGACAGCAAAUGGGUACGCAUAAUCCAUACGGAAAUCCUGGCAGACCAAUGCCCAACCAGCAGUUUCCACAUAGUCCUAACCAGCAGCAGCAUCCACCUGGUCAACAGUACCAACAAUAUCUUCCUCAGCAGUAUCCACCUCAACAAUAUCCUCCUCAGCAAUAUUCGCAGAAAUAUUCUGCUCCCCAUGAAAACUCAAGGCAGGCCCUGAACGCACAAUUCAAUGCACCAAAAUCUCCAGCAAAUGGAGGUUUCUCCCAGUUUAUGCCUCCAUCACAAGGCAGUAAUAACCCAUAUUCAAACUAA